CCUAACUUCUGGCCAGGCUGCAUCAGGCGUGUGCAAAGGGGGCUGCGAUCUUCCUCUCCAGCUGGUGGCAGGAGGAGGGGCUGGCGGGAGCAGAGCAGAGCCAUCAGGCUGCGCUGUGGGGAGCAGAGAGCGGAACAGGCCGGAGGAGCAGGGGUCUGUGGCAACGGGGUUGGUUAAAGUGGAGCAAUCGCUUCCAGCACUGCCUGGUGCAGCUUCCUGAUUCUUUCUCUGCUUGGCUCCGCUGCCCUCCCAGGGGGCCGCAGACGGCAUGGAGGGGACGGGGAGACACCGCCUGUUGCAGACCCUGGCAGGGCUGGGGAAGGACGAGCUCCAGAGAUGGAAAGAGAAGCUGAGCAAAAUACCACUGAAGGAGGGAUACCAGCGCAUCCCCCAGGCCCUGCUGGAGAGAGCCGAUCCGGGGGCCCUGGCCGAGCUGCUGCUCAGCUACUACGGGGAGGAGUACGGGUUGCAGCUGGCUUUACUAGCACAGGCUGUAUGCAAUGCAGAACAAACGGCCACGGAUGUCUCAAGCGCAGCUGGCUCUGAGGUCCUCGAUGAGCUGCUGAUGCGGAGUCUUUCAGACUUUGAGUUGGACAAGGCAAAAUCCUUCCCCCGCCUGCCUCUGGCCCCACAGUGGCUCAGGAAGCUGACAGGAAAGAAGGGGAAGCAGCAUCAGCAGGGCCGGCUCCAGGCACCAGAAUACCGAGCACCUGCUUGGGGCGGUACCUUGGGAGGGGGCGGCACCCGGGGAUCCUUCAGUGAAGAGACUCGAUCCACCCCCAAGUCUAGUACAGGGACAGAGGCGGCAGGAGACCCCAUAAGGGAACAGGGCCCUGCCUCACAGCCCUCUAACACCAACGUGCUGCGGGAUAUGGGGUUGGUGGUGCCCGAGAGCAGAUUUUCAGGACGCACAGUGAGGAUGAAGAGCAUCUUCCCCAGCAUGACUCUACCUACACCUCCGCAGUGGCUCAGGAAGCUGACGGGCAAGAAGGGGAAGCAGCGUCAGGCCGCCGCAGGCACCUUCCCCCAAGGCUCCGAGAGCACUGUGCAUCACCCGCAGGAGGAGUCUGUUUAUACCAGCAUGUCAAAGGGACCUGGGGCCGUGGGAAAAGUCACACAGAUGACAGGGAAGAAAAAGAAACCUGCUCCCCUUCAGCUGGAGGCACUCGGUGGGAGGGCAGGACGUGGAAGUUACGAGGAAGAGUGUGCUUUAAUCUUUGAUAAAACCCCAGUAUUGGCAUCAGCAGGAUUUUUCGAUGAAGAGGAUGAGACCCCCCCUAGUUCUGCGGCAGGGACAGCUGAAGCUGAAGGGAUCAUCUGCGAACAGACCCUGCUUCUCUCUGCUGGGGCUGCGGCUGGGGCUGCCGCUGCAGGAGACACCAGCCCAAGUGAGGAUCCCAGCAGGGACCCCUGGGGACAGGACAAAUGUGACUUGUGUCCCAGAGAGGAGGAUCUUCCAGAAGAAAUACACCCUGAGACUGUUCGGGGCCCAGAUGGGAAGCAGGAGACGUACAGGGUUCACCUCCCGGGGGCAGGCUCCUUCCUUUGCUCUGAAACCGAACUGGGGUUCGAGGUGAGGGCAGCUGUGACCAUCCAGUACGAAUAUGACUCCUGGGAUCGACAUCUAAGAGCAUCUGAGAAGCAGCAAUGGAUGGUGGCCGGCCCUUUGUUCAGCAUCCAGGUGGAACCGGCCGGGCCUGUGGCAGCCGUUCACCUCCCGCACUUCCUGUGCCUCGCGGGGGGAGAGGUCGAUGCCUCCCGGAUGCGAAUCGCCCAUUUCGUUGACGGGGAGAUGACCCUGGAGGAGCCAACAAGGGUGAGGCCAUUCCACACCGUGCUGCAGAACCCCAGCUUCUCCCCUCUGGGCGUGCUCUGGAGGAAAAUACAGUCUAAAUGCCAGGCAAAAGUCCACUCCCUGGCAGUGCUCUACCGGGCACUCAGGGCUGCGAACACAACCCUGCACCUCUACCUGAUCCCCAACGACCGCUCCCUGAGACAGGCCGUUAGUGACCAUGAGUCCAAAUGCCCCUCGGUGCGUGUGCACAAGCCUUCCAGGACCAAGCCCUUGAAAUUUGGCUCCUGUUGUGUGGUGUCCAGCUCAUCCCAGCUUGAGGUGAUACCUGAGGAGCUGGAGUUCUGCUAUCUGGGCCCCAAGCUGGAGCAGCCGUACCUGGAGAUCUACACCCGGGACAUGCAGGAGGGGCUGCAGCUCAGCCUGCUGGAAAAGAUAGAAGGGGAACCGAUCUGGAAGGCCUUGGUGAGACCAGAAGACGUGAUGGUCUGUGUUUCAUCUGCCCAAAUGCAGACAGGAGAACAUUUCAUCGACCAGCACCGAGAGCAGCUGAUCCAGCGGGUGCGCCAAGUGGACGGCGUGCUGGAUAAACUGUACAGCACCGUGCUGGACGACGAGCAGUACCAGAGCAUCCGAGCCGAGAGAACGGACCCGGAGAAAAUGCGGAAGCUCUUCGACCUGCUCCCGAGUUGGAACCGGGCCUGCAAGGACCAGCUCUACCAGGUGCUGGAGGCCAAGCAGAAAUUCCUCAUCCGAGAGCUUAAGGGGCCGUAAGACUGGCUGCCCUGGCUCACACCAGGGGCCCAUCUAGCUCAGUGUCCUGUCUGUGACAGGGGCCAGUACCAGCUACUUCAAAGGAAGGUGCAAGACCCUCCUCCUUGACAAUUCUGCACUAAUCUGCCCAUGGUGGGUGAAACCCAGUGUCCCCAACUGGGAAAUCCAUUCUGCUUCCUUAAAACCUUUCCUGGCUGUGACACUUUGUACCUCAAAAGCAGCACCCUGGAACCCCUGUAUUCACCACAGUCAUGGAAUUAUUAUAAGUUUUGUACAGAGAAUGCCUUGUGAGGUAUCAUUUUAAAAGUCUUGUUCUGCUGAACAUUAAUAGCCUGUUGGAUUGUGUGUGCUACCAUUGUAUGGGAAAUUAUGAAGUACUGCUGAAUGUGUUACUGAAAUGUGUGGUGAGGCUGGGCACACCCACAACCACCCUUUCACUUAUAACGAAGGAGUAGCCAUCCAUAGCCAGAUGGCCGAUUAAUGGCUCAUCAACAUCCAACCCACUAUUCCAGAGACUUCUCU